UGCGCGAAUGCCUCGAUGCUCGGUGGCCGCAGAUGCGCGGCAAUCGGCGCCGAGCGAUCAUCGUCGGAGUGUCUCCUUCUCGCGAUCACAUCCCUCCCCCCCGCGGUGAUAGAUCCCCUAUCCCCCGCGACGCGCGGUACGAAUGUGUACAGACGUCUGGCGCAAAAAACCGGAGCGGUUGAAUCUCUCACGAGCGCGCGUCGCGUCGCGUCGAGGAGCGCUUUCGUCCUCUCGUUCGCGGUGUGUUGUUGUGCGCGAGGCUCCAGGUCGCCGACGACUUGUGUUCAGUGCAACGGGUGCGACCUUGUCCUGAGACAGCUGCCGGAGGAGAGAGCAGGAGCAUUAUACGAACGUGCAGUUGAGAAAUUUACUGUGAAAAUGAGUUGCGCGUCGCAGUGCGCCAAGUACUUUCUCUGCUUCUUCAACUUUGUAUUCUUCGUCGCCGGAGGAGCGGCGUUGACUGUCGGUAUCUGGCUUUUCGCCGACAGAGGCUCGUUUACCAAUCUCAUCGGGAAGCUCGACCAAACCGACAUUUUGAACAAAACGGAUGCCGAUGUCAUCAGAAUGAUAUCCUACAUUCUUAUCGUAGCCGGUGCUCUUACGUUUAUCGUCAGUUUCCUUGGGUAUUGCGGUGCCAUGUUCGAGUCUAGAUGUCUUCUCUGCGUCUACGGCUUUCUAAUCUUGCUGGUUUUAGUCCUGGAGUGUGUGGUAGUUGGCCUAGCUUUUGGACUUAAAGGAGACGCCGAGGAAGGUAUGCAGAACUUCUUGAAGUCGACCAUCAAAUAUUAUGCUACUACCGCUGAUAAAGCUGAGACAGUGACAGUCGCGUGGGACGGUAUUAUGAGCCAGCUCCAUUGUUGCGGCGUGGAAAAUUACCGAGAUUUCAGCGAAAAUACGAAUCUGACUGCAACCGGAAGAGUGAUUCCCGAAUCCUGCUGUAUAAAAAUGAGCGAAGGAUCUAAUAUUCUGAAGGAUUCUUCGUGUCCAAUUAGUCCUACCGCGUCCAAUUCGUACUAUCAAAUGGGUUGCUACAAGGCCAUAAUGACCGCCAUCGAGGAGAACGCGGCGAUAGUGAUCGGUGUGGCCGCUGCCCUGGUCUUCGUCGAGGUCUUGGUCAUUAUUCUGGCGCUUUAUCUAGCCUGCUGCUACUGGCGUCCACAACAUGUUUAUCGAUGCGUAGAACCUUCUGGCAAGGAAUAAACCUCGAGAGCAGAAUGUGCUAAGCUUUCUGCCAGCAGUUCUUUUGAACGCAGUUCUUUUUCCUUUAUGGACUUCGCGAAUAUACCUCGACUGUGUUUGUACGUGUAUUAUGUAAUAUACAUAUAUACACAUACAAAAUAAUCAGAUAUGCAUGCAUGCAUAUAUAUGAAUAUAUAUACAUAUAUAUUAUAUGUAUACAUACGUAGCAUACAUGUAGGUACGUGUUUUCGUGUGUUUUUCAACGCAAUGGCGACUCAAAUCGAAUUCGAUCGGCAUCGCAUCGUGCGCUCCGACUGCAUACAGUUUCAGAACUAUGACGUAAGAAGUCGAAGGGUUGCGAAUUGAAAGUGACGUACACAUGAAAUACUGUAUUCAAUUGGAUAAUCAAUAAUUGAUCGCUUUCGAUCACUAUUCGAACCCUUCGAUUAUGCUCUAUCGACGGCAUGUUAUAUGAAUUUUCGCGAAAAUUGCGUUGAGCGGAAAAGUGCAUUUUAUAAAAUUAUUCAUUCAAUCAUCGGCAAAGCCUCGAUCGCAUGUGCCAAAUUCAACCGCGAUAAGAGCUUCACUUCGACGUUUCAAGCGCCAAUGUAUCAAAUUCGCAUUCGCAUUCGCUUUCGCUGAUUGUGAAAUUCAAUCGUAAAACAUCGUUAUUUUUCGAUACCGUGAGUACUCAUUGAUCGUUCAACAUUUCUCGAUGCAUGCGUGAAAUCUCUCCUUUCCUUAGCGAGGAGCUAAAUAAAGGAGACACUUUUGUUUCGCGACGUGAAACGGGACGAAGAUGCUCAGAGAUUUCUUUUCAUGUCGCGCACGCACAUUAUUAGCAUAAAUAUUCAAUCUCUGUCCGCUCAACGCGCGCUUAUCAAUGACAUCUGUAUCAAUGUCGUCGCCGCACUGUUCACCGUGCACAUUAUUCAAAUGCUUUUAACGCUCGGGCGCGCGAAAUGACCAAAAAUAAUGUACAUAUCCGGAAUAUUUCUCGAACGCCAACAGCUUUAAAUUGUUCAAGUUGUUUUUUGUAUGAGAUAAAGGAUAAAAUGCGAGAUCUCUACGCAUUUAAUAACACGUACCAAUUGCUUAUAUCGGUUACGGACGGCAACUAUACGAGAGAGAACAAAAAACUUAAUUUCCUAAGAUUCUUAAUAUUCAUCCAAUCGCACGUAGUUAUUUCUGAUAUUUCACAUUCCGUUUUGUGUCAGUACGAAAAAAAAAAAAAAAAACUGUUGCACACGAUUUUCCACGUAGCGUUAUAGACGAUCGAAAGUGUUGCAGCACAGUUUCACACGUUCAGAUCCUAGACGAGGACGAACGCCUCGUCGCAAAUGUUAAAAUCACAAUGUUAUAAAUGUUAUUAUACGCGCAUAUCCAUAUUCGCGAUUUUGAUCACGCACGAUCUAUCCUAUUAAAAGUAGAUCCUUUCCCCACAAUCGGAAAGCAUUGACAAAUGGACGUUCUUUUAGCUUGUGUAGACGUAUCGUCAAGGCAGGCCUGGUGAGGUGCUGAAGUAAGGAUGAUGAUUUUGAUGGGGUUUGCUUUCAAGUAAGAUGGAGGCUGAGGCUGUCAGUUGACAGCUGAUCCCUCCCACGCUGCUGCUUUGCUGCAGCGUCUAGAUCUAUCCUCCAUUUCUACUCUACAAGCGUUCUUUCGUGAAUUCUAUUGAGGCAUGGUAGCUUUGCUCUCCACCCUUGCAUGUCCAUGCUGUUGUAUAUAAUUUGACAGAAAGAGAGGGAGAGAGAGAGAGAGAGAGGGAGAGAGAGGGAGGCCCAAUUGCAUCGUUACGCAGCGCAACCUGUAACAGGAAGUGCGCUUAGCGAGGGAUAUCCUGAUAUAGUAUCAUCGAUGAUAAAUUACCACACUGCAUGUAGGGUGUGUAAUUGAAAUAAGAAAUAAAUAAAUCUGUGCAAUCGUUAUUUCAUGUUUAUAUCUAAUCUAAAAAAAAAAAAUGUUAAUUAUUAUAAUUAACCAGUUCGAGUUUCGCGAAAUAGAGAUAUCGUUUAUCAUAAUUUAUCUACAAGUAAAUUACGAAGCAAUAAUUACAAUUGCUGAAUAGACGAGGCCAAAGUUGACAAAAAUAUAGAUCGCUCUAAUCGAAACGUUACUUUUGUAAUGUUCUUUUUUAACUUAUACAAAUUUAACUUUAUAUAGAUAUAUAUUCGAGCGAGAAUUAAAAAUUUUUGUUCUAACGCGCGCACACCGUAGAGUUCGCGCUGAGAAGCGGAACGUAUUCGUUCAUGCCAAACGAAUAUGCAAUUGGGCGAAGCUUUAGCGUUACAAUUUCAUUUCAUUUCACGAUUUGUUCAUACUCGAGCGACUCCAUCGGCACAAGUUAUUAAACACACGUGGCGAAAUUCUACUCGGAAUUGUCGUACGCAGUAACAGAAAAUUAACUGUUUCUUUCCGUCCCUCCCCAUUUCAUUAAUUAGAGUAGCUUAGAGAAUUCUAUCGUCUCAAUGUUGCAAACGCUAUAUACGUACCUAACAGAUACAUCACAGAUCGCGAGAUGAAAGAAUCUCAUUCACGCAUUAAUGUAAAAAACGUAAAAAAUAUAUUACUGUAAAUGUGGGUACAAACGUACAAUUUCGAGGAGAAGUCCAAUACCUUGAUAAGAAAUUGAUAAUGUGUAUUAGUGUAUAUUCUCAAUGUUUAACACACACUGCUGUAAACGCAAUCUGUAUACGUAUGCGCACCAAACACAUACACACACAGAGACCGAAAGCAACAGAUUCUAAGACUGAAAAUUAAGAAAUUAAAUUGAACGCGCACACAUUACAAUGAUCUGAUAAUAUGCGGAUUUUACGAAUCGAGGAUAUCACUUUCUUAUGUGACGAGAUACGUGUAUUUAGAUAAAAUAUAUUUUUGCAAUUUUUUACGAUAUAGGUAAACGCGAAGCAAACUUUUGAUUCUUUGUUCAUUUUGAAGAGUUUAUAUAGAAGUAAAAUAAAAUUUUGUAUUAUGUAUAUCGCACGUAUCUCUCGCAAGCGUAUAUAUAUGUACGUGUCGAAAAUGCCAAAAAUGCCAAAAAAAAAUAAUGAUGCACAAAUGAUCUUACGCUUUUUCUUCGGUACCUGAACUUCUCUAGAUUUUUAACAACGAUCUCUGAUAUCCACAGCAUAGAGAACGUUUGAAUUAUGUCGCAGCAACGUUGCGUAAUCUCGCAUAUUGUAGUGCGAUGUUAUAAAGAGAGUUGUUGAGAGUGUUUCAGCAACGUAUAUCUGUAACAUUGUAAUUUUACAAUUAAAUGCUCUCUGCGCGUUCUGUAUGAUUACAGUGCCAAUUAUUAUAAUCGCGCGAUAUCGGCUUGAAGAAGCGUGUUUUAAUUUAAACGUUCUUUCUCUCUGUGUUAGUAUGCGUGCGCGUACGUACACACACGACCGAUCGUCACAUAAUUCAAUUUUACGAUGCUCUUUAUACUCAUGGCUACUAAUUGUUCAUGCCGCACAUUCUAGACAUUUUCGUUUCCAGUGUUAACUUGUUGGUGCUGCUGUUGACGAGGCAUUAAGAGCAUGGAACUGUUGAGUAGUGCCUCCUAGCACGUUGAGAGCCCUUAGUGUGCUCCUGUGCCUUGCUUGCUUGCGAAACUCUAGCUGCUAGCCCAGCCUAGGCUAGCUGAAAAAUCGACCGACAGAAAAAAAAAAAA